AAAUCAGUAUAAAAUAAAGAUGAAAAACAAAAAAUAACAACAAUGUGAUUAAAAAAAGUUAAAAAUGUAUCUUAGCUUUUUUCUUUUUGUCAAUUUUUUCAUUCAAUAUGCGAGUGCUGAUCCUUAUGAAUUCUCUGAGUGUAAAAGACCAACUAACGAUCAAGAGCUUCGUUCAAACACAUUUUUCCAAUUUGAAGUCGAUACUUUAGAUUAUUCUGUUUAUAAUUUCAAAAAGAUGUUUGAAGGAAGAGUCAUGUUCGCAGUAAACGUAGCAAGCUUCUGAGGAUAUACCGGUCAAUAUCGAAGAAUGAAUGAAUUACAAGAAAAAUACGGUCCUCUAUAUGCAAAAACUUACCAUCCACAUAAGCCAAAUUGUCAUAUUCAGUUUAUAGGAUUUCCAUGCAAUCAGUUCGGGCACCAGGAACCUGCUGAAAACUUUGAGCUUAUGAAUACUUUAAAGUAUGUGCGCCCAGGAUAUGGAUUUGUUCCAAAUUUCCCUCUUUCAGGAAAACUGCAUGUUAAUGGCGCCUAUGAACACCCAAUAUUUACAUUUUUAAAGAAUCGUUGCGAGUCUCCAAUGGGAUUAAUUGCUAAUCGCUCAGAUAUAACAUGGACCCCAAUUCGUAACAAUGACAUCUCGUGGAACUUUCAAAAAUGGCUGAUUUCGUCAGAUGGCCACCCAUAUAAAAGAUACACAUCUCGUACAACUCCUGCAAUGAUUGAAAAUGAUAUUAAAAUGCUUAUUGACCAGUGCGUCCAAGGCAAUAAUCAGGUGUCAAGAACAAAUCAAGAUACAGUACUUCCCGGUCCAUUACCUCAACCCCAGGCACAAAUACCAGCUGGUAGCCCAGGUCCCAUACCUGAGCCAGAAUCAAAUAAAUUUCAAAAACGCUAUGUCCAUGAUGGGUUAUCGUAUUAAGCUUUAUGCAGUAAUGUUCAAGAUGGUCAGCGUUUUGUGGCCAUUGUCCAUGGUCAGCGUCCCGUGGCCAUGGCGCAUGGCGCAUAGCGCAUGGAGCAUGUUUUAUGUGGCGAUGUUCAAGAUAUUAAAAAACUCAUCUGUAUAGAGAAGUUAUUAUUUUAGUUAAAAUAAUAAAUAUAAUAAUAAUAAAAUUACCUUAUACAACAAAAAUUCAGAAAUGUUUUUAAAAUAUCUUGCAUAUCGCUAGCAAAUAAAUUCACGUAUACGCGCGCACACACCCAUACACACGCACGAUCACCCACAUAAACACACAUAUAUGCACACACAGGCCCAUAUAAUACAGAUGUUCAUUAAAAAUGCAAUUAAAAGAUUUUAUAUUUUUAUAUAUAUUUUAUGAUGCAGUAAAAUAGAUAACUUGCUUUAAGUAUCAAAAAAUGAACUAAAAACCAUUCAUGCAUGAUUCAAAAAUGUUAUGAAGGUCUUCGCUUAAAACUGAAAGCUACGUACAGUGUGCGAAAACCUGAUGUAAAAUCGCCUAAAAUCAAGUGUUCUUUGUAAUUCAUUCGUUCUAGAUUUUAAGGCAAAUUUUGUUUUGUUUUUGUCAAUAAAAUCAUGUAUAUCUAUUUGGUAUGUUUAAAGUAAUAAUAAUAUUUUA